ACAUAGUCUAUGUUAGUGACUCUGCUAACAAUAUCUCAGUCUUCACUACAGAGGGACACUUUAUGACAUCAUUUGACACACAAGGAAAUGGACCGGGUCAGUUUGACCGUCCAACUGGAAUGACUAUUUCAAGGAAUGGAGUCAUCUAUGUCUGUGACCGCAACAAUGGCCGUAUUCAAGUUGACUCUACUGAGUUGGUUGGUUCUUCAGUUCUCAGUGGAUGAGUCUCAUUCUCUUCGGACCUCUCCUCAGAGAUAAGUCCAAGGUGGGGGUGAUGGCAGGGCGGGCGUGGCAGGAGAUCCAGAGCGUCGUCUCUUCUCUUUCGUCUCCUGGGGGGUAAGGAGCAGGUGUUACUCCACCCCGCACUCUCCCCCGCCUACCACCAUUAUCCGGGAGUAGUCUUCUCCGUGUUCCAGACGACGGGGGAGGUCCAUAGAGGUCAACGACGUCAUCGGAGCAGGGUUAUACCUGUUGCUAUUGGUGGGAGUAUGUAUCUGUGAAGAUACGACAGACUGCUGAGUGGCCUCAAGUCCUGUGGGGACGGAGUCUCUCCUGGAAUGGGCGUGGUUGGUGUGGGUGUGGUUGGGGAGGAGAUAAUGAGGGGCGUGACAUCUGAAUACCAACAUGGAAGGUGUCCAGUGAACAAGAGCAGUGUCCUGGUGUGCUGGCUGGGGCACGAGUCACUGCAGGCUCAGUGUUUGAAGCUGGUCACACAGCUGUGGUCUCACGGGGUGGCAGCUGACUUGGUGUACGAGAACCAGGAACUAGACUCCCUGGAAGACAUUCAGGAAUUCUGCCGCCGGAGUCUGAUACCGCACAUCGUGGUGUUGAGUGACAAGGAGCUGUUUUUUGAGAGGAAGCAGGUUAGAUUGAGGUCACUGGAGGCCAACGGGAAGACGUCGGAGCGGGUCCUGGGCGUGGCGGAGCUACCAGAGGUUCUUCUGCAGCAGAGACACAGUACGGACCGCAGCGACUCUGUAGAGACUCAGACAACCACCAGAUCAGGGGGAGGCCCCUCUGGUUCAGACUCGUUUCCCUCCAACGCACGCCCACCAGUCAGUGUGACUGUUUUGUCGACCUCUAAGCUGAGUGGCCACAACAAGAGAAAGAUUCAUGAUGCUACUCUGACAAAGCUGCUGCCAUUGCUGGAGACGUUUCCCUCCAAACAGCCUCUGGAGAUAUUGGUGCUGCUCAUGAUUCCUCAUUUGGCGGGACGGCUAAUGACAGUCCCCACACUAAGGAUUUGUUCUGAAAACUGAUCCUGAUAACAGGAAUUUGAAGAAAGAUAUGUGGACCAGACGGCGGAGAUAUGGUGUCGGUUGUCAAGUCCCUCACCGAGAGGAGCACAAGAAUCUCUCACAUAAGCCGUGACAAUGAUCUUAGUGCCAAUGAAUGUGUGUCGUUUCUCUCCAGACACUCGGCGCUAAACAAGAAGUACGUCACUAGAGUCUGCGAGAGUAUUGAGGAACUGCUGCAGAAAAGAGUGUCCAUGGUAUUUGUGUACAGCCACUCUUCGGAACACUGUCAGACUAUUCUGAACUCUCUCGAGUCACUCGGCAACCUUCACAUCACUGCUUCAUGAUCUCAAUCAUGCAUGCGACAUCAUUGCUGUAUCACAUGAUCCUCACACUUGGUCACGUGACCUCGUCCGUCACAAACAUUCAUACAAUGAGUCACCCAGUUCACAAUGUGUGUAUGUUUAUUUAUUACAUUUUUUUAAUUCCGUGGUGGUUAA